UCACCUCAGCCACCGCGAGGAAAGCCGACUCGCGCGCUAAAGACUCGUCUCCAAUUCGAAAGACGUCAGCACCUUGGGCAGCCGCCUUAUAAAUGGCGCAGCCUACCCCGUUUCUGGUCCCGCAGCCCGGUCGAAACUGACAACCACAGCGUCCAAUCACUCUCUCCUGAGUUCUUUGAAGGACAGUUGUGAGCCCGCCACCAUCCGGCCAAUCCGCGCUCGGUUACUCCCGGUCAUUCCUGGAGCGGCAUUUCCUCCUACCAACAGGGCAAGCCGGGAGCACCGAAGGUACCGCCUCUAGGGUGCGGCUAGAGGACUGAGUGACAGGGGGAGGUGUCCAACCCGCGGCGCGUGUGGGCGGCAGGCCGUGUGGGCGCGGCGUGUGCGGCAGGCUGAGCUGCACCGCAGCGCAUACACUACAAUGGCUGCUGGAAAGAGGGGAAAGCAAACAAUUUCCAGGCCCGCCGCGUCCAGCCCGAAAUAUGGGGAAAAAAUUACAGAAAAAUCGGUGAACCCUGUAAAAGGCGGGAAGAAGGCGCUGAGGGGAUGCUGAGGCUCCCGCGAUGUGAGUGCUGCAAGGGCAUGAGGCUUCACCUUCUUCAUAGUGAUGCCCACGUUGUGGAACUUUGCCAGACAAGGUAGACCUGGCCUCAUCUCAACUAGAUUUCUCUUGAUCAGCAAAAAUGGGAAGCACUGGAUUCUGGUUUACUCCUAGACAUGUCAGUGGAACUGGUUAAGACCAAAUUCUGAAGGUUUUUCUUCGUUAUCCAUCACCAGUCCCCUUUUGCUUUCUUUAACGACCACAUGAAACUUGAGAAGCCAUCUAAAGCUAAAUCAUUUAGUGGAGUUGGGCAAUUCCCAAGUGUCCAACAAGAAGGCCUGGUUUAGGCUGCGAUGGCCACUGUCAUUCCUGGUGAUUUGUCAGAAGUAAGAGAUACCCAGAAAGUCCCUUCAGGGAAACGUAAGCGUGGUGAAUCCAAACCAAGAAAAAACUUUCCUUGCCAACUGUGUGACAAGGCCUUUAACAGUGUUGAGAAAUUAAAGGUUCACUCAUACUCUCACACAGGAGAGAGGCCCUACAAGUGCACACAACAAGACUGCACCAAGGCCUUUGUUUCUAAGUACAAAUUACUAAGGCAUAUGGCUACUCAUUCUCCUGAGAAAACCCACAAGUGUAAUUAUUGUGAGAAAAUGUUUCAUCGAAAAGAUCACCUAAAGAAUCACCUGCAUACACAUAAUCCCAAUAAAGAGGCCUUUAAGUGUGAAGAAUGUGGAAAGAACUACAACACAAAACUUGGGUUUAAGCGUCACCUGGCUUUGCAUGCUGCAACAAGUGGUGACCUCACCUGUAAAGUAUGUUUGCAGACAUUUGAAAGCACAGGGGUGUUGCUGGAGCACUUAAAAACUCAUGCAGGCAAAUCAUCGGGUGGAGUGAAGGAGAAAAAGCAUCAGUGUGAACAUUGUGAUCGUCGGUUUUACACCCGAAAGGAUGUACGAAGACACAUGGUAGUGCACACUGGAAGAAAGGACUUCCUCUGUCAGUAUUGCGCACAGAGAUUUGGCCGGAAGGAUCACCUAACACGGCAUAUGAAGAAAAGUCACAACCAAGAACUUCUGAAGGUCAAAACAGAGCCAAUGGAUCUUUUAGACCCAUUUACUUGUAAUGUUUCUGUGCCUAUAAAGGAUGAACUACUUCCAGUGAUGUCUUUAUCUUCCAGUGAACUGACAUCGAAGCAAUUUACAAACACUUUGCAAUUAAAUCUCUACAAUACUCAAAUUCAGUCCAUGCAGAGUUCAGCAUCUGCACACCAAAUGGUUGCCACAUCACUACCUUUAGGAAUGCCUUGUCCAAUAGAUAUUGAAUCUGUCCAUCCUUCUCACCAACUCUCUCUAAAAUACCCACUCAGUUCUACCUCAUAUACAGUUUCUAUGACUGAUAAAGAACAGCCAUUGAAAGGGGAAAUUGAAAGUUACUUAAUGGAACUGCAAAGUGGUAUGCCUUCUUUAUCCCAAGAUUCUCAAGCAUCUUCAUCUAAAUUGGGGUUGGAUCCUCAAGUAGGGCCACUAGAUGAUGGAUCUGAGGACGUUUCCCUUUCCAAAAGUUCUGUUUCUAUUAGUGAACCUCUAAGCACCCCAUCACUGGACUUUUCUCAGUUAUUCAAUUUUAUACCAGUAAAUGGACCUCCUUUUAAUCCUUCUGUUUCUGUGGGAAAUCUUGGAAUGAGUUACACACAAGAGGAAGCACAUUCAUCUAUGACUCAGCUUCCUCAACAGGCACAAGAUCCCCAUGACCCUGGUAAUGGUAUAAGUCUUGGGUCUUUACAUUCAUUGUCAGCAGCUUUCACAAGCAGUUUAAACACAACCACAACCUUACCACGUUUUCAUCAAGCUUUCCAGUAGGAUGAAAAACGCCUUGUGACAAGUUUAUUUGUAGAAAUGCCUUAGAUUACUUUUAUUAAUGUAGUGCCUACUUUGUCAUUUGUAAAUCUACUUUUGUACAGUACAAAUCUCAUUAAGCCAGUAUGAAAUUCAAAUUAACUCUUAAAAUAUUUUGAAUGGGUUCAUGCACAGUUGUUUACUUUUGUUUUUUAAAGUCUCUGUAUUAAUUCUCACUGCCAAUAGACCCACAGUUAAAAAGAAAGAAAACCAUUCCCACUAAAAGUUAUAUAUUCUUUGUUGAAAAUUUCAUUAAGAUUUGAUAAUUCUCUUUGUCAAUGACAUGGUGGCUAUUUUAAUAGUUUCAAGAAUAGAAACAAAGCAUUAAUGUUAAUAACUGCUAAGUUUGUGAAAAAAUCAGAAAACCUUUGCCUUGUUCAUGACCUGAAAAUAAUGAUUUAUAAAUAAGGAAAUGUUUAACUCUUUUAUAUGGAAAAGGGUACAGCUUUUACGUGUAGUCUUCUUAAAAGAUCUGAAGGACCUACCACUUUUGCUUAAAUAACUUCACAAGUAUAGAGAGGAAGAAACCUCCCACUUAAGUGCAAUUACAAAAUUGUAUAAUUUGGCAAGAAAAGUAUGCCUAUUGGCAAGUUUUGAAAGACACAGAAUUUAAGAGCUGGCCUUGAAAUAGAUAUAUUGGGUUGUAUCCUAUGCUUUCUACUCACUGACAAAAGAAAUCCAUCAGCACAAUAGGGAAGGGUGGCAAUUCCCCCUCCCUCUGCAUUCCCCCAGCCCCCCUGAAACCUGCUCUGGAUCUUGCAGAGCAGAUUUAAGGGGAAUAUGGGGGCCGUAGGGAAAGAAGGAAUGGCUAAAUAAGUCUCCCUCCCCUGUUCUGCUAAUUCUUUCAGUAAGCAGGCAGAAAGCAUUGAAUAAAUCCCAUUUUAACUUCACCUUUUCUAUAUAUAUCCUUCUUUUUUAGAUGUCUCAUCAAAAAGAUGGGGUCAAGUCCAGCCAGAAAGGUGCAUAUGUUGUCAAUUUGAUGUUUAGUUUGCAGUCAGAAAAUGAAUGUAAACUCAAAUACAUUUUUUCAUAUUUUCUUUGGAGCGAAACUCUUGAGUUGUAUUUUAUGGUGUGUCAUGUCACCUUAAGUAACAACGUAGAUGGUAAUCACACUUACCACACCUGAGUAUUUGGCUAGUGAUUUUUCUCACUGCCAAGAAUUAAUAACAGGACUCUUAGGAGUGAAGUAAAAGCAUAUUGCUUAUGCCACUUUUACCUAAUAUACAAGGGGGGUUAGGAAAAUUAACAUCAAAAUGGCUACUCAUGCUGUAUGUCAACUUGCUGUUCAUUUUCAAAAUGCCCUCAUAUUCCUUACCCCUUAUAACCAAAAGAGGGGAAAACUGUGAUAUAUACAUGCAAAAUGUAGUUUUGCUAUAACUUGGUAACAUUCUGUUCCUUUGUCAUUUGUAGGAGAAUUUUUCAAAAUGCAUAUCUAUCUCCAAUCAUUUCUGUAGAUGAAUCCAAGGUUUUAAGUGGUUGAUACAAAUAUACUUCACAGAAACAAAAGUUGCUCCCAUUAAGGAGCUUUGGCUCCCAAUAUUUGUAUCAUUAGUUCCUACUUUUUUAUCGUAGGAACAAUAUGCAGGUGUGAUUUUACUAUUUUAUACUGAUGUAUUUAAAUUUUAUUACUGAAUGAUAACUUUUUAUAAAUGUUUAUGUUCCAAAGGCAUUAAAAAGGAGUGUAUUAAUAAGGAAAAUACCGUUUCAAAAUACUGCAAGCUGCUCCAAUAUGCUGGGAGAAGACUUUCUCAAAGUAGAUUUUAGCUCUGCUGCAUGAUUGCUUCCUUUAGUUUCUGUGAAACAGAUUGCUUAAAUAUAUCUUUAGUGGAAUGACUUUUUCAAUAUUGCUUUCCAGCCUUUUAGCACCAUCAUUUUAAGGGGGAAAAACAUAUCAAAAGAAAAUUGGAAAUAAAGUUACUUCAUGUGCAAAUUGCAAAAGAAGUAGAAAUUUCCUUGAUUUUUUUUUAAUAGAAAGGACAGAAAUGCUCCCUCUUCAAAGGAGGUCUUUUUGUGCUGUUUUGGUAUUUUCAACAUCUCUCCAAAUGACACCUGAGGGCAUGGCCUUGUCUGUCCUCACCCCCCCAUACACACACACACAGCAGUUUUGUGUAUUACUGGGAAACACCAGUAGAUGACUAUUUGGAAAAAAGCUGUUCACUCAUUUCAAAAGUGAGUUGAAUUAGUUUUAACUUUUCAUUUUCUAAUAGAGGUGUACCACUACAUUGCUUAUGGUGUUUGAUCGGGUUGGUAUGUACAAAGCAUGCUACAACAAUGUUAUCUGUUUUCAUUGUUAGUUGCUGGUUAACUUGAUUUUUUAUUUUUUUUAAAAAACUAGUUUUUCCAGUACUCCUUAGUAUAUAUGAAGGCUCCAUGUUGUUAUGGCAGUUCCUUCAGUUGUAAGCUGGGUUUAAUUAGAGAGACAGGUGCACUUCAAAUUGUAGUAGUAGGGACCUUGGACAAGAUAUUGAACGUCAUUCAGUUAGUACUUUAGCAGAUGACUACACUUUGUGCUUAUGUUACUGAAGUAAGAUGUAUGAGUAUAUGGAAGCAGAAUGACAGUGUAGGCAAUAUUUACACAUUAGUGCUUUAUGACUAUCAUUUAGGCAAAGUCAUUGUUGGCAACUUUAAAAUGUCAAAUUUAAAGCCUAUUUUGUAGUUACCAGGUUAAUUCUUAAGAGUGGAGUAUGGUGUGUGCUGGCUGAUCAUGCACCAUACUUUGUACAACUUUUAAACUUCUGCUAUGGAUUUUAAAAAUACUAUAUAUAUAUAAUUUGCUUGUGUUUUAUUAGUAGUGAAUUGUGGAAUAGAGUGAUUUAUUCAUUUGGCAGUAAAGGUUUUCAGAAACCAUAUACUGACUAAAACAUGAGCCAGACCUGAUUGCUUUAUUAAGCUAAUAAUGAAUGUUAAGAGUACAUAUUUUCAGGAUCCUUUGCCUAGUGAGCGCUAUGUAUUGUAGGCUGUUUUGUUGUUGUUUUUUAACUAAAGCUCGAACAACUUCUGUUACACAUAAUACAAGAUAUAGCACUUUCAAAAAGAAAACCUAAACCUUAUAAAAGAGAUUUUCUUACAGGUUAUACUUUCUAUUAUAAAAAACUUUUAUUAUAAUUUUUCAAGUGCCAUUAGAUGACAUAUGUGGGCCUUUGGUAUAAUGCUUUGGGUACAAAAUAGUAAACAUUGUAACUUUUAACAGGUACAUCUUGAAGUGUUUUCGUAUCAAUUUGCUAUAUUGCACAGAACCAAUGUGUCUUUUUAAAGGGUUUUUACAGUGGAUUCCUAGGUUUACAUGUUUCUAACUAUGCCGUCUUCUACUGCCAUUUAAUACAAGCCCAAAUAUUGAAUAGUCAACAACAGUUAAGUGUAUACUCUGAAAUCCUAGAGAUUGCAGUUGUGUGCCUAUUAAUGCUAAGUCCCAUACAUUUCAAUGGGAAUUGCAUGUGUAAAUUAGGCACAGGAGCACAGAUUUACAGCUCAGUCCUAUGUGUGUUUUACUCGGAAGACCCACUGAAUUCAAUGGAAUUUACUUCUAAGUAAGUGUGAAGGUUACAAUCUUACACACAACAUUUAAUAUGCAGUAUUUUAAAGAUAGGAUGUCCUACCAUAGCUAUGCUGCUGUUGGAAUUCAACAUAGGGUUGAUCCUGUGCCUGUUAAUAUAAAGAGAAGGAUUAAGCUCUUAAUUAUUUGUCUCAUACACUGGUUUAGCAGCUUAAAAUGACGUGCCUCUUAGUAAUAAAAUCUAUACAUUGUUUGCUAUGAAGUAUACCAUGUAGGUUCAGCUGCCUAUCUGCAGCAAACAAUGAAAACAGCCACCUAUUUGACAUUAUUGAGGAAGACAAUUUAAAGUGAUCUUUUAGUGGUCAAAAAAGAGUGUUUAUGGUCCCUUAACUCUGAAAGGGUGGUGGUGUGUUGAAAGGCCAUGUUUUUUUAGAAGUAUUUAACCCUAAAAUUGACACAACUAUUGCUAACUGCAUGCAAACACUCUUCAAUAUCAGCUUCAGUGGUACAGUUGAACCAGAAUGAAUGUUCAUCUUCUCAGAAACACUUCUGCAAAUAUAUUGUAAUGGAUCAUGCUGCUAAUAUAACUUGGGAUUCAACUCUUCUCAUGGUGCUACAGAUCUCCCUGUCUCAUUCAGACUGAUGUAUUUUUAUCCAUAGAGAAAGGCCUAUACUAGAUUUAUAGAUGUAUGAUAUAUUUUUAUACUGUGACAAUUUGUCAUUAAUGAAUUUUGUACACCACCAUGUAUUCAUAUGCACUUGCAAAAGGAGAAACUUGGACAUGCAAAUUUAUACCCAAAUAAGCCUAUUCUCAAAAAUAAAAGAUGAUAAAUGAAAGGGGGCUUUUGAUGUGGUGUGAAGUGAAGAAUGUGCUUGUUUUUAAGAGCCCUUUGAAUAUUAACAAACUGGGAAACAAUAUAAAAAGAAUGACACCCAAACCUGACUUGGAUUUCUGAAACUUAUAUUUUUAGAUAGUGAGAAAUGUUUGGACUUGUGUGCUAAAAUGUUUUAAUGAGACAGAUUUUGAGUCAAAAUAGAAAAAUGCAUUCCAGAUUGAAUUUGUGUACUUCAUUUAAAAUUACUAUCCUGCGAUAUGGGAAAUUGAGUUGCUUAUCAUGUAUAUGUACUUUAAAAUGUAUUCACAAACUACUGUUGUAUUUGUAUAAAAUAUAGACAAAAGAUUACAUAUAUAUUUUUGUGUAUAAGCUCUGUAAAAUAGCUAUCACAUUAUGAAGCUGCAGCAGAAAUUCAUUUUAGACAUUCAUAUCCAAAGAAACAGACUAUUUAUUGUCCACAUACCCUGAUAAAAAUAUAACUUGCUGCUAUUAAACAAUAGAGCUGCAGCUUCUUGUGGCCUACAGUGUUAUGUUUGCUGUACAAAAAUAUGUGAACUUCACAAAAUAUCAAUA